CCCUCGCCAAGGAAAGGCGAAACAAUCUCAGAGGUGCAUGAUGCCUUUAGUUGACUGUCGACCGUCGUCUUGACCAGUUCACGUUUUCCCACGCAUUCGACUCCCAUUUUCGGUGCAUUUGAUUACUUUGAACACCGUGCACAUGCUGCAUCUCACGAUGUUCACAUCGCAAUCGGAUUAAUUGACAAUGGAUAACAUCCUGAUCUUGGAGAUUGUCUGAAAAUAAGAAAAGCCACAAGCAAAAAAAAAACAUAUUCAAGGAAUCAUACAUCGGAGGAGUUUAAAAAAGAAAAAAAAAAUGGCUCCUUCACCGGUUACGAUGGCCACCCUUUCUCGUGAAUACGGCCAGACAUCUGAACAUCAGCAAGUCCGCGUGACCGAGCACUCGCCUCAUCAGAUCUUCGCCCCCAACACCAAAGGUCUUCUCAACGCUCCCGGACAGAACAAUUGCUUCCUCAACAGUGCCGUCCAGGUUUUGUGGCAUUUGGACAUUUUCCGAAGGAGUUUCCGCGAUCUAACCGGUCACGCUUGCCUUGGUGAAUCGUGCAUCUUUUGUGCCCUCAAGGAAUUGUUUGCGCAAUUGCAAUACAGCCAUGAGUCAGCUUUACCACCGGACGCGCUCCGACGCGCAUUGGCUGAAACCUUUUUGAACCAGCAACGCUUCCAGCUCGGUUUCAUGGACGAUGCAGCUGAAUGCUUUGAAAACAUAUUGCUUCGAAUUCAUUUUCACUUGGCCAGCAACGAGGCCGAGGACCAAUGCGCAGCUGGCCAUUGUAUCCCUCAUCAGCGGUUUGCCAUGACCUUGGUGGAACAGUCUGUUUGUGCCGUUUGCGGCGCCACUUCAGAGCCUUUGCCUUUCACUCAGAUGGUACAUUACGUCUCGGCGUCGGCAUUGACGUCACAGGCGCGCCAGCCGGCCAAUAUAUCGGAGACGGGGUCACCGGCCGGAUUGUUUGGCCGUUUGCUGAAGCAGGCCGGAGGCAUGGGUGAUAUUCGCGAUUGCCCGAGCGCUUGCGGCGCUCAAAUUCAAAUUUGCAGGACGUUGACGAACCGGCCACAAAUCGUGUCCGUCGGCAUCGUUUGGGAUUCGGAACGGCCUCAGCUGGAUCACAUCAUGUCCGUUUUCGCUCUGGUGGGGACGAGUCUUCAACUACGCGACGUCUUCCAGUCGGUGCUGGACGCCCGCUGGGCCGAGUUGACCACCCACCGCUUGGUGGGCGUGGUCACUUAUUACGGCAAACAUUACUCCACCUUCUUCUUCCACACCAAACUGCAACUGUGGAUCUACUUUGACGACGCGUCCGUCAGCGAGGUUGGGCCCGAUUGGCAGCACGUCGUCGACAAAUGCCGACGCGGACAUUUCCAGCCUCUUUUGCUUCUUUACGCCGAUCCGGAAGGGACGGCCGUGCCCACAGCCACCGCUCCUUCGGCCAUCACGCCCGUCGGAGCUAAGCCGCGGCCUCAUCAGUACGGAUCGCUUUCCAGGCCGAGGAGUAUCACGCCCAAUCCGUUGCCAGUCCAGCAACAGCAGCCGCAGAAUUACAAUGGCCGCAGAGCUAUGACGCCCAACAUGGAACUCAUCCAGCAUUCGUUGAACAGACGGCCCGCUCCGUUACCCCAACAGCAGCAACAGGACUAUCGGGAUUAUCAAAACAUAUCCGACCUGGAAGGAAUCUUCCAUCAACCGGACGAAGUCUUCCACGAACCCGUCUACAUCCAGCGCCAGACGGUCGAAUCGAUCUUGCGUGCCCAGCAGCAAUCUGCCAUGCCGGCGUCGGAUCCCGAUUUGAAGAUCGCUAUGCUUCCGGGCGCCAAUAUGCCGCGAUCGAGGGACUCUGGCAAUUGGAGUGGCGAUCGAAAUAGCGCCUCUUCGUCAUCCAGCACGUCUAUGGAUAAUCCUUACUUGUACAUGAUGAACAGAAAUCAAAGGCCGCAAAGUAGCAGUUCGACGAAUAGUUCGCCAUCGAAACCGGGCGAUCCGAACUCUUUGCCGCAACACCUGGGCGCAUUUCACGGCGAUCCUGGAUACGAUUCGUAUUCUUUAUCGUCCAACGACAGUUACCCGCUCCAGCAGAGUUUGAAACACACUCUCCAGUUAUCACAGAUACCCGAGGGCGGACACAACAGAUGGCAGACCAGAGUACCUGGGCCCUACCCACCGGCUGAUGCUGGCGGAGCUGACGAGUGUGAAAGACUUUGCCUCGAGGCGGAUCACCUGUUGGAACGGUCGAGAUUGCAAGAAGACCAGGGUGACCUCGAAGGCGCUUUCAAUCUGUGCCAAUCGGCCGCCCAGCGAAGCCGGGCAGCCAUGGACGCGCCUUACAAUAAUCCGCAGACUCUCGUCUUUGCCCGCAUGAAGCACAACACGUGCGUCAUGCGCGGCCGGAGUCUCCACAGGCGACUCUUGCAAGCCCGUCAAUCGGCCGGAUUCUACGAUGGAUCAAAUGCCAAUCACAAUGGCGUCGCUGUGAUGCCCAGCAUCGACGAACCGAGACACAGUCGUCAGAGCAGCCGAGAUUCGAAUCGCAGUGGUCGACAACAACCGCCACCGGCCGUUCAGGCCCCGGCUCCUGUUCCAUCCGGGCCGGCGCAGCCUUCGUCUAAUAUCCAGUCCGGAAGCGUCGUCGGUAAAAACAUUGAAAUCUACGCCACUUUGCCGAAAAAGAGAGGCAAGAAAGCGGCCGAGAUGCUCCGCGAUGCAGAGACGUCAUCCAACAGCAUCCAGCGGGAUGAACAGCCAUCGCAGCCGGUUGAAAGGCAAGGCAGAUCGAGUGUCGCUUCCGCCGGAUUCGCUGGCCUCAUGAUGAGACGCGAGAGAGCCAAAAGUGAGGAGCGCAACAAGAGCAAACCGGUGCCUAUUCCGUCGGUGGCCAGCGUGGCGCAGGACGACCUGGAAGUGAUGAACGGCGAUGGAUCGAGCGACAACUCUUCCAGAUCGCCUGGCAAAAAGCAACACCGCAUCCGGCGGAGGCUUCUCAUGGGCGGGCUCAUCAAGAGAAAGAACCGCAGUUUGCCGGACUUGCGAGCCGACGACGACGACGGCCAUGAACAACAGCAGGUGAUGGAACCGGAGGAGGACGAACAGCUGGGUUUACCUCCGCCGAUGGAAGAUGUUGGCAAUCCAAAUCUGGAGAAGAGCAAACUGAUGCGGAGGAGCUUCCACGCCAGUCUGGGCCGUAAUUUUCAGCAAUCCAUUGGGCUCAAUAAAGUUCCACCUCCUCCGCCCGUCCGUAAGACGUCGCAUUUGACUCCAGCGCCUCUUCCGGCGCAGCAGCAGCAAUACGACAAUUACGCCGACAGUCAAAUCACGGUUCACGCCGACAUCCAUCACGAACGGACUCUAAGCGAUUUGGCUCUCGGUGCUCCAUUCGAUCCGCUUCCGCCCUAUCCUGUUGUUGAACACGUCCGGCAAGCCAGCGAUGAUUUCCCGCCUCCUCCUCCGCCACAGGAAUUGCAACUGCUCAGUUGCGAUCCCGAACCUCCCAGACACGAAGAAGAGGAGGAAUACACCGAACCCAGCGGAUUGUUAGCAGCUCUGCAGAGAAAGCGGAAGGAGAUCCUCGGUGCUGGAAAUAGUAUGCCACCACCGAUGGCACCGAUGCUUCCAGCUGUUCCAUCCACAACUGCUGCCCCGGCCAAUAGUUGGCUAAAAGAACUUCAAAGCACUUUGCAAAACAAGAAAAUGGGCGUGUCCAUACCGACGCCGGUAGCCCAGCCCGUACCUGAGACCCAGCCGGAAGAGACUAUUAACAAAUCUGUCCGGAAGCUGGCUUCUCGUUUCGAACAAGCAAGGAUCUCUCCAGUGACUUCAUGCGAUGUCGUCGAUCACGCUUCUCGUGUCCAGCAAUCACAGCCGACGCAGCCAUCGGCCUUACCGAUCCAGCCAAAGGCUCCAGUCGUUUCUCUUCCGCCUGCUGCUCCGGCCGGUAUCCUGGAUCGCAAGCGGCGAUCGGGUGACGGCCAGAGCAAGAAGAAGAGCGUGACAUUUUGCGACCAAGUGAUCUUGGUAUCGACGGCAGAAGACACCGAACAGGACGAGACUUACGUUCCCAAUCCGAUCCUGCAGCGAGUCCUACGCUCGGCUUACCAGCAGGAAAUGGUCAAAGAUGGCCAGCGACCGGAAUCGAGCGUCGCUCCGCCACUCGUCUCACCCAAUUUCUCUAACGGAACGGAUGAGGUGGAUCGUCAAUCCUUAGCUACUAAACCCCCACAGCCCCCGUAUCAAAAAUUGCCGGCCAACAGCCAAGUCUUCCAGCAAACUCACCACUACGUCCAGCAACAGCAAGUAGCGCCACCUUACCAUCAACAGCAGUACCAACAAUCAUCGUCGCAGCCAAUGCGAGCCGGAUACGGCGUUCCGCCUUCACCCAUGAUGGGCCAAAGGAUUGGGCCUCCGUCCAGCUCUGGGGCUCCGCCAUCUUACGCCCCGCCUCCCCAGUAUCCGCAUCAUGCCCGGGGACGUUUUCAGCCGCAAAACGUUGGCGGCAAUAACAACAACAUGAUGCAACAGCCUCCGGUUAAACAAAUUUACCCGCAACAGCAUCCGAUGGAUCAGAAUAGACCUCAGCAAAUGGGACAAUCCGGCCCGUGGCAGCCGCAGCCACAAGGGGCGCCCAUUCAAGCGAAUAACGGCGGAUUCAAUCCGUGCAGCCUUUGCGGAAAGAAACAAGUGCCGUCCACCUACCAAUAUUGCUCCGAUUGUCAAUUUUACAUGCAACGUUUUCAGCCAAAAGCGUGAUUUCGCUUCGUUGAACUUUGAAGCUAUUACUAUUAAGUAUUUUGUUUGUUGAAUCUGAAAAUGUGUUUGGCAACUCUCGAGAUAUUAAUCCAUUAUUUGGUUGAUCUCUUUUUAACACUCACUGUCUGCGCUCAUUUUUGUAUUCAAGCAGGCAACGGUGUUCAAAUUUUGUUUGUUUGCUUGUUUGUUUUUUUUUCCGCUCCAAAAUUAUGACGAUUUAAUUUUUCAUGAAAUAGUGUUAGUUUUGAUGAAGUAAUUCGAGUAUCUCACAUUUAUCUUGUACAUAACGUGCCAAAAUUUGUUUUAUGUACAUCAACGAAUGUUUAAGACAAAUAUAAUACGAAAAUGGUAUUCUUA